GCGGGACUUCCGGGAGAGCCGGUUGGCCAUAAAGUGACAGACUUCACCUCCUGAAAUUAAGAAGAAAAACCCGACGGACGACGCGUUACAAGUAAUAAAACAGCUGGGGAUGAUUUUCAGACAUGGACGACAUAAACCUUCAUUAUCGCUUUCUGAACUGGAGGAGACGAAUUCGAGAAAUUCGUGAUGUGCGAGCAGUGCGUUACCGGGAUCGGUGGAGGAAUAUGUUCAGAGAUGGCGACAUGCUCAGGUACCAUGGGGAUUCAGAUGAGGUUGGCUGUUUUGUGUCAGGCAGACCCUUGUCAAAAAAGAGGCGCUAUUUUGAAGUGACUGUCAACGAUACAGGAGUGAGGGGGAUGAUUGCUGUCGGUUUGGUGCCUCAGUCCCACAAGCUGGACCAUCAGCCUGGCUGGCUCCCAAACUCUGUAGCUUUUCAUGCUGAUGAUGGCAAGCUCUAUAAUGGCAGCACAGUUGGACAGCAGUUCGGUGCCAAAUGCAGCAGAGGUGACAAAAUUGGUUGCGGAAUAUCGUUUGACACAGAUGACGGGCAGAUAACAGUGUUUUUUACCAAGAACGGUGAAGAAAUCGGCAGUGUUGAGAUCCCAGCGUCUCCUGAAGAUCUCUACCCUGCAGUGGGGAUGCACUCGCUGGGGGAGGAAGUGGUUUUGGACCUGAAUGCUGAAUGGAGGAUGGAGGAGGAUGAUGGACAGAUGAUAGUUGAUAGUCAUGAAGAGGACUGGAGCCGUCUCCAUGACGUCAAAGUGACAGGCACGCUGCUGGAGUACAUGGGGAAAGGGAAGGGGAUAAUGGACGUAGGCCUGGCUCAGGCUCGGCGACCUCUCAACCCUCGCUUCCACUACUACGAGCUGGAGAUCACCGACGCUGGAGAGAAGUGUUACAUCGCCCUGGGUCUGGCACGCAGGGACUAUCCAAAGGACAAACAUCCAGGUUGGAACAAAGGCUCCAUCGCUUACCAUGCAGAUGACGGGAAGCUGUUCCACGGCAGCGGGGUGGGGGACCCGUUCGGGCCGCGCUGCUUCGAAGGAGACGUCAUGGGCUGCGGGAUCAUGUUCCCACGAGACUUCAGCGUGGAUGGAGGAGACGACGCAGACGACUUUGACCUGGACGUGGCUUCCAGCAAGGUGCAGAACAACCUGUACGCAAACAACGACGACGAAGAGGAGGACGAGGGGGAAGAUUUGGAGGGGAGGAAGGUCAUGGUGUUUUUCACACGGAACGGGAAGGUGGUGGGGAAAAGGGAAGUGGCCUUGCCGCCAAACGGUUUCUAUCCCACCAUUGGGAUGAUGAGCACUGGGGAGAAGGUCAGAGUUGAACUCCAUCCCCUCAGUGGGUGACAGAAACCAGGACAACUAGAAACCUUUGGGGUGAUGAAUGAUUCCUCCAAAUCUUCAUUGCACCUUUACGGCGUAAACAUCACUCUACAUGCUGACAAAACGCGUCUUAAAGACUGAUGAAAAUAAGGUCUUUAAGACAUCAUCUGUGCCUCAACAGAAACGGCCUUAUUAUGAAAUGAUUUUUUUGUACUGUAAGAAACUGUGGAAGUAAGGCUGAGUUUGGAGGGAAAAGUUAUUCAUUCUGACACACGAGGCUUAAUGAAAUGCCAAAAAAAAAAAAAAAAAAGGUCUUGAAUAAUGAAUGUAAAAGUCCAAGUAAAAGAGACCUCAGUUACCAAACAGAUCAGCAAAGGGCAGUCCCGGUUAAAAUGAGUUACUAGAUAAUGAAAUUAUUUGAAAACUGCAAAUGUGAUUUAUUUAUUCUACAGCAAUGAGGCAGAAAUGGAAAAGCCCCUGAAUUUAAAGGAGGUGUAGUUUCAUUUUACCAUGACUGUGUGUGUGUGUGUGUGUGUGUGUUUGCUCCCACUGUGAGCGACGGUCCAUUACUGACACCCAGUGGUGAGACGGCUUACAGUCCUGGGACUCGGUAGAACCAGCUGCACAUCUGGAGGAAGCUGUUUCAAGUAACUAUGAGGGAAUAAAAGUGCAAUAAUAAUUUGUUGAAAUCAAACCUAUUUUUAUUCUGAUUGUUUGUUAUCUUGCAAUAAGAGAAAGUGGAUCUUAAAGCUUUAAAGAGAGUCCUUAUUUAAUCUGAAACCUUUCAAAUAAACGACGCUUAUAGGAUGAAUCUAAAGAAAUUAGACUUUUUAUUUGAGGAAAUCAGAUUUUGGUUUCCUCGCUGACCAGAUGAUGGAAACAUUUUAUGCUUCUAAACUAGACCCAACUUAAACAAUAUCAUGUGUAUGAUCUUUUUUUCAAUUUUUAUUUUUUUUUUUCAGAAUAUACUGAAAAGGAAAACAAUCAGUAAACAAAACAAAACACAAAAACUUUUAAAGUGUUGGAUCUUAUGGCUGACUGGUGUUUUCUUUCUUUUACUGCAAAAACACAAAAUCUUACCAAGUAUUUUUGGUUUAGUUUCUCGUGCAAAUAUCCAAUUAAGCCUGAAAUAUGACAAAAAUAACUUUAAUGUAACUGUUCAGAAAGCUAAAGCAGCUUGUUUUACAUAAAUAAUCCUGCAAUAUUCAUCAAUAAGUUCUGGUUCCACUUGCAGAUUAUUUCACUUAUAACAGGGGAUCAAUGUGCUGUUAUAAGUGAAAUGAUCUGGGACUUUUUGAGUAAUAAGCUCCUACAUCUUGCUGAAAACUCAGCGUUGUCUUAUUUCAGUUGUACUAAGGAAAUUGGACUAGGAACUAGAGCAAAAAAAAUUUAUUAAGUUUUUGUGUUUCUUCAGUUUUGACUUGUUGGAAAUUUAUUUUGAAAUGUGUUUUUGAGGGUUUCUGUCUGUUGACAGUCAUCACAAAAAGCUGUGUUUACUUUUUGUUUUUUGUUUUUACUUUAAAUGUGUUUUGUUUUUUUUUCUGUGAUUUUCUUUGUGAUUCAGGUGAAUCUUUAUCAUCACAUUUUUUUUAUUUUACUCAUUAUUUUUGCAGUUACAAAAGUUUUUUUUUUUUGGUAAAUUUGAGGGGGGGUGGAAUAUCAAAUUCAGAUAUACUUUUUAGUUUUUUGUGAAAGACGGGGAUUCAUUUACGUGUACGCAAGACAAUGUACAUAAUUUAAUGGAUGUAAUUUUACACACAUUAAAUUAAGUUUGUUUCACUCAUUGAACAAGAACUAUCAGCAGUAAUGUGAUUUUUAACUGAGAAAAAAACAACUUGCACCCAGUCUAACCGACUUAUGUUGAGAUUCAGUUAGACGUUUCUUGUUGCUGACAAUCUGAGGAACGUUUUCCCCAGUCUUCACUUUGAGCUCUGAGAUAUUUGAUGGCUAUUUGACUCAAAGCAAAUAUCCCCCACCUGUCCAAAGGUCAUCAUUCUCUCCAGCUUGUUCCAGUAAAACCUUCGUGUUUUUCUUGGAAGCUAACGGGAGCGAGAGCCGCUCCGUAGGGCCCCUGGUGGAUGUUGGGGACUUCGUUCAGCAUCUUGCUGUCGGCUUUCAGGGUGAACUUUGUCGGACCGCCAGGCCUGAAUGUCCAUCAGUUGUAGAUGGUUGUCCAUUCGUUGGAACGGCUGAUAUUAAUCUCCUUUAAUCCCUCACGGACUCAUAAGCUGCUACUGUCUUCUUUUCUGAAUGGCCCGAGGUCUAAACAGGACAAGUCUACGUAAAGUAACGUUGUUCUAGUCAUACAUAAUGGCUGAUAUCAUAAGCAUGUGUGAACUUUAGCCAUUUCCAGGUGAGAAUGGAUGUGGAGUUGUUUUAAUUUCCAGAUUCUUCUUUUAAAUGAAUUUUUUUUACAGAGUUUCAAAUUGUCGUCUUUCUUCCUAUAUGCUGGAGAAACAAUCUUUUCCAUGACUGUAAACUAAGGAAAAAUACUAAACUGAGACAGAAGAUUGAAAAAAAAAAAAAAUGUUUUACGUUAUAUGUUGAUAUUUAAUUCCAUGUGGAAAACUACAAUGAGGAAUUUGGUUAUGUAACUUUUCCAUGUGGAGAUUUGAAAAGUUUGUGUCUUUUUCUCCCUGCCGCUUAAUCAAAAUUUAGAUGUAAAUUUUAAAUCUGUAUUUUGAAAUUGAAGCCAUACUUGUUCUCAGGUAUAUUUGAUAAUCAAAAUGUGUUCUUAAGUUUCUUCUGAUUUUUUUUCUUUCUUUUUUUUUUUUUUUUGCUCUGUGUCAAAUUUGCUUGUUUUUGUUUUUUUGCCAAAAUUGUUCUACAUUUCCUUGUCACCUUUUUUUUUAACUACAUCCUUCUGUAUAUCUGCAGAAAGUUAGAGAUCUGUUGAGAAAACGUUCUGACAGCUACCUGUAGAUAUUUGGAGGAAUAUGUUCUUCAAGCGUCUUUUAGUCGGUAAUGACUACAUUUAAAGGGCUCACCUGUCUUUUUUCUAUCACCAGUACUGUUCUGUCAGUUCCCCGUUGAGCUGUACCUUUAAAAGAUAAACCUCUAUGUCUUAACGUGAGGCCUAAUGAGCAGAUUUGUUGAACCUGCAUGAAAUGUUGAACCUUUCUGAAAUAAUCUGCCACAGGAAGAGGAUUUGUGUUAAAACUUGAUCGAUGCGGAGAGUAAAAGGUUUGAAAGAAAGAUGCAGCCGAGUCCGCGGCUGCUGGAUUUCAACCUUUGCUGGAAUAUUUGAUCGAGUUGUUCUUCUCGUUUUGACGCUGAGUUGCUGCUAUUUAUGUGCUGAAAAUGCUUGGUGUAAAAUCACGUCAUCCUGUACUGUAGAGGGUGUUUCUCACUUUGUUUUUAAUUGUUUACUUUUGAUGGUGAGGCCGAUGAACGGUCUCCAGGGGAGUAUCUGCAGCAUUUCUAUCUUCACUUCAAACACAUCCUUAAUUUGUACUUUUUCCUCCUUUCACCUCUAUUUUUUUAAGUGUAAAGCAAUAAUGCCAAAAAUGUUAAUAAAUUAAUAUUUAA